AUGGGUAAACUCUUGCAGAAGAAGAAAGAACGCUCCGGGCGCUCCAAGGCCCGCGCCAAGGACAACCGUCUCAAGAGCGGCCACAAGAAGAUCAAUGUUCUGGGCAAUCAGAUCAUCGCCGACAACUGGGAUCGCAAUCUGACCCUGACACAAAACUACCAGCGCCUCGGACUGAUGCACAAGCUGAACGCACCAUCCGGCGGCCGCGAACGCCUGCCCGGUAAAGAAGAGGAAUUCCCCGAGAACCAAAACUCCCUGCACAUCCGCGGCAGCGCCAAAGCCGACGCAGCCAAGCUGGAUCUCGGCGAGACCCGAGUCGAGCGUGAUCCCGAGACCGGCCAUAUUCUGCGUGUCAUCCACGACGAUGAAGACGACAAGAUUGAGAUUGCGGGUCGUCAGCGCUCGCGCAAGAACCCGCUCAAUGAUCCUUUGAACGAGCUGGCUAGUCACAGCAAUCCGCUCGCUGAUUCGAUGAUUGUGAAGCAGCUGGAGCUCCAGGCGGAUAUGGAGGGGAAGACUGUUAAGGCUAAGAAGCCGAGGUUCCAGAGCUCGCGUGAGGGCGAGUGGGCUCAGCGGUUGAUUGAGAAGCAUGGGGAUAAUUAUGCUGCUAUGGUGCGCGACCGGAAGCUGAAUCCUAUGCAGCAGAGUGAGGGUGAUCUGCGGAGGAGACUUAACAAGUGGAAGAAGAGCCAGGAGUAA